AAAAUUGUAAUUGUCAAUUGUCAUUACUGUUGUAAAUAUAUUUGAGAAUAUAUUUGACUAUUUUGCAAAACGUAUUCAAUUGAAACUCGUGGAAAACCUAUUUUCUGGUGGUAUAAUGAAUGAUGAGAAGUCGAAGUUAGAUAAAGAAAUCACUUUGAAAUUGAUUAGAGAUCAUAAUGUUCCGAAAAGAUCUUCAAUGUCUGCAGAUGAUAUUGCCGAUGCCUUAGGAAAACUCACUCACAUUCGACUUGACCGACUUCAGAUUACAAAAAUUGAAAACCUGGAUUGUUUGGGACCGGUAACCAACUUGUAUUUGCAACAGAAUUUCAUUGAGCGAAUUGAGAACUUGGAAGCAUUGAGAAGCCUAAGAUUCCUCACUUUAUCGGGCAACAAAAUUAGGAAAAUUGAAAAUCUAAGACAUCUUCAGAGUUUAAAGUUUCUUGAUUUGUCUUUUAACUGCAUCGAACAUUGUCCCACAGGCGAACUUCCACCAUCGCUAAUGAUAUUGUCCCUGAAAGGUAAUCCUUGUGUAAAAGAGCAAGACUAUAGAAGCGGGAUCAUUCGAGAAUUGGCCAAUCUAAAAGAGCUGGAUGAAAUUCCGGUCAAUCAGAUCGAUGGUGGUGAUGGUAACGAUGAUCAUCACAGUUCUGGGGAGGACAGGUUUGUAAAUGAGAUUGAAGAUAAAGACAUGGAUGUCUUAGAGGAAGCGAAUAGUUUAAAAGAAACUUCUGGUGACAUCAUUGCUCGUUUAAAAAUACGAUCAUUGAAGCAAAAAGAGCAACAUAACGACAGAAUGGCAGAGCUGAACUCACCCAGGCUUGGAUAAUCCUGAAAAGAUCAAUAAAGUGUAAUAUAUGACAUUUGAUGACUGAUGAAGAAAAUAAAAAAUAAAGCUUAGAUAUACCUUAAGUUAUUGUUUUUAAUUAAUUAUUUUAUUGUUUGUAUCGCUUUAAAGCCAAUUUAUUAUUUAUUAUUCUAACUUAGUUCUUAUUACCUGAAUUUAUUUAUACAUACAACAAUAAAACCAA